AUUCAUACGCAUUAUAUUAGAUAGUUAAUGUUGACAAAUUUCAUACACUCAAUAAUCGAAAAUAAAGUUUACUACAAUGUAUUAUCAUUCGGCGUCGCCAGUCUUUUCAUGUCCCGACUAAAUUGUCGCUGUAAAAGUAUUUUUUCAAUUAGAUGUUGUAGGAGUUCUUGUAAAAAAACGUUUUUGUCAGUUUGAAGACAAGUGGGAAUUUUAGAGAGGAUACUAUUGCUGUGUCACAUGGAGGAGACCUGGUUUGUAGAUGCAGCCCAGCGAUGCCUGUGUCAGCUCUCCAGCUCCCCCAGGAAGUCUGGGUUCAUGUCUUCAGUUUCCUGACGGACAAAGAGAAAGGGGAUAUUCGGGCAACCUGCCGGUACUUCAGGCGGCUGAUAGACCUCCCAUCCCUGUGGAAGAGCAGCCCGGCUGUGGUGAAGAGAAUCAGCGCCGGCAGCUCGGGGUUCUGGACGACGCUGCGCAGAAGGAGGACGGGUUCUGUGCUGGUGAAGGCGGGCGUGACCCAGUGGGAACAGCUGGCCACCUCAUUGCCUUGGCUCACGGCCCUGGCUAUAGAGCAGUGCCGGAAUGACAGCGUGCUCCAGACACUUCAGAGAUUCAGGAAGCUCAAGAGGCUUGUUAUGAGGGGUUUCCACUGCACUUCCACACUGCCCAGUCUCCUCGCCCCCCUGCAACAACUCACUCACCUCACCUUGUGUGAACCACACUGCUCCCAAACAGUGGAGCUGAUAGCCGGCGUCUCUCAGCUAACUAACCUCAGAUCACUAGUUUUCCAUGAAGGUUUGAAACCCAUUCCUAAGCAGUCAUUCCAGGACAUGUUGGGGCGCCUGCCUCACCUGAAGGAGCUGUCUCUCAAAGUUGAAACCUCACCUUUCCCCCUGCCAGCUGACUAUUUUGCUCUGCCCAGGGUGGCCCCUGAAAAGACAGAACCACAUGCUACUAGCCUCGGGUUGACAAGGCUGGAGCUCCUGAACUACAGGGAUUCUGUUCUGUCCCAGACGUCCAUAGAGCAGCUGUCCAGUCUCCAGAGUCUGGCCAUUUACUUCCACCCUGAAGCAGUGGCCUCAGGGAGUUGUCACUUGGAAACGUUAGUGCGUGAACUCCCAUGUCUGACGGAACUCACAGUUGCACGUGGAUAUCCCUUCAGUGUGUAUGUACGGUCAAUACCACCCAGUCUGAAAAGCCUGUCCUUGUCCAGAGUAGCUGUCAGCGCAAAGGACAUGAAGACUCUGGGCAGCCGGACAGCAGGCCUGAGGCACCUUCAGAUGGACAUGUGUACCAGUGACAGGCAGUGGAGUGUGCUGGACUUCCCCCAGUUCUUCCCACAGCUACGGACUCUCCAGCUUCGACACUGUAAUGUGGCUGUGGAGGAGCUCGUGGGCCUGGCUAAGCUGCGCCACCUGGAGAAGGUGGCGGUGCUGGAUGCCCACCUCUGUGAUGGAGGCACUCUGCAGAGGACGUUCCAGAAGCUCAAGAGCCUCACCGACAACCGGCUGCAGAUUCUGCAUUCUCUCCUCCCGCUGGACCCCAUGGCGUGCUCGUGCGCUCGACUCUGACACCACGCUGACAAGGUCUGCCUUUCGAUAAAAAGCGCUGCGCAGCGAGCACGGACAAUUUUCAACAUCCACAUCGAGAUCCUUCGCAAGGCUUGAUUUUGUUUUACUGUUAUUACUAAAAACAUAAGUAUAACCUGCUGUGCAUUGGUUGACUGUGAAAGGUUCAGUUCCUUCUUCAAAUAAAGAGCAAAAACUAACAGCCUACAUUUCCAUACUGUACUUUACCUUAAUUAAAAAGUUGUCUUUACUAUU